AUGAUUUAGUAAUAGAAUUUAAAGUUAAUAUGUUUAUAAGAUGGUCAUUAGGAUGAUAUCGACAUGAUUUGUUACAAUUAGUAUUGUAAAGAAUUCAGAUUAAAUUGCUUUUAAUGUAUUAAGAAAGGAAUCCAUUUUGCUCAUUAAGGAGAUGUUGAAAAAAUCAAUAGUAUUGUAGAAUUCAUGGAUAAUUAAAAUAUAGAAUGUGAUAAUUUAAUUGAUAAUCUUAUUACAAAAAUAGAAAGUGUUAAUUAAUAAUUUUCUUAAUUAUUAAGUGGAAUCAGAAAGAAAUAUUCAUUACAAAAGGAAAGAUUAAAAUAUUUGAAUUCAGAAUAAAUUAAUGAUUUCUUAAAUUCAUUCAUCUAAUUCACUGAAUACAAAGAAUAAAUUAUAGCAAAUAUUUCAGAAUAGAUUUAGAAUUUAAAUAAAUCAUUUGAUAAUUUCUAUUAAUAAUUAUAAUUAUCAUCAAUUAAUUAUUAUUAAAUUAAUGAUUAGAAUAGUACAACUAAAGAUUGCUGUAAUUAAGGUAAUUAUAUCAUUAAAAUAACUUAGGUUAUUAAUUAUAUUUGGAUGGUAAGUAUGAUUAGGCUAUAGAAAUAUUAGAUAAGUCAAUAUAGUAAGAUCCCAAAGAUCAUUUAUCUUUAUGGUGUAAAGGUAACAAUAAAGAAUAUUAAUAGGAGAUUAGUUAAAAAGAUUAAAUUUAUUUGAAGAGGCAAUCACUUUCUUAGACAAAGCAUUAGCUAUUGAUCCUAAGCAUGUUGAUUCCUUAUGCUGGAAAGGUAGAUUAUUCUAAUUAAAUUAAUAGGUGAUUGUCUAAGAAGAUUAAAUAAACAUGAGGAUGCAAUCACUUGGUUGGACAAAGCAUUAGCUAUUGAUUCUAAGCAUGUCUAUUCCUUAUGCUGGAAAGGUAGAUUAAUAGAAAUUUAAUUAAUAGGUGAAUGUUUAAGAUAAAUGAAAAAAUAUAAUGAAUCGAUUAAAUUACUCGAUUAGGCACUAUUAAUUGAUCCACAACAUAUAUCAUCUCUUAAAUCCAAAGGUAUUUAUUAUUAUAAUUUUAAGGAUUUUGUUUAGAAUAUUAAUUAAAGUACAAAGAAGCUCUGAUUUAUUAUGAAUUAGUAUUAAUGUUAAAUCCUAAUGAUCAGUGGACAAAAAUAAAAAUAGGUAUUCAAAAAAAUUAAAAUUAGAUUUUUGUAAAAAUUAAUUGAAACCUUGA